AUGGCAGACUGCGAGAAAGCCGGAGGUACGGAUAAUAGAGCAGCGGAACCUGACCAUGUUCGCAUCACCUUCCAGGGCGAUGUACGGGAAACCCGACAUGGACGGCAACGAGUCGGCGACAACAACGACAGGUCUAGUUCUCAUUCUCGAUCCCGUCAUCGCUCCUUGAGCAGAGGUUCUGCCCGAAGCGGCAUCUCGACCUCUCCCUAUUCCGGUUAUCAGAUUGAGUACCGAACCCUUUCGAUUCAAGUUUCCGAAAGCCGUCGAGUCGGCGACGGUCUCACAACUAAGGAAGCAUUGCCUCAGAAAGAAGACCAAGAAUACUUUGCCAACCUCAAUUUCCAUGAGCUGGACGUAACUCAGAUCUGUCAACAACUCAAUGUCGCCCAGGACCAGGGCCUUUCCAAUACAGCAGCCAAUAACCGGCUGAAGCGUGAUGGCGCCAAUACACUCCCUCAUCCAAAGUCGAACUAUACCAAAAAGAUCCUCAUGUAUAUCUUUGGUGGUUUCUGUUCAGUCCUUUGGGUUGGUGUCAUUGUCUUCUUUCUCUGUUGGCAACCCUUGAGCAACCCUCCCUCAGCACAAAAUCUUGCUCUUGCUGUUCUCAUACUCAUUGUCAUCUUUCUACAAGCUGGAUUUUCUGCCUUUCAGGACUGGUCCACGAGGAAGACCAUGCAAUCAAUCUUGGACCUGCUACCAUCUGAGACUCUCGUGAUGAGGGAUGGUGAGAUCAAGAAGCUUCCAGCGACGGAUCUUGUCAGCGGCGACAUCGUGCAUCUCAAGAUAGGGAACAGAAUCCCCGCCGACAUGCGAUUACUGAGCCACUCAGGCGACAUCCGAUUCGAUCGAGCUGUCCUCACGGGCGAGUCGGAUGAGGUUGAAGGUACCAUUGAUGCAACCGAAGAGAACAUACUCGAGAGCCGCAACAUCGCGCUGAUGGGAACCAUGGUCGUCAAUGGCAGUGGUGUCGGCGUUGUCAUACUGACUGGUCCACGCUCGGUCAUGGGUCGCAUCGCCCAUGCGACAGCUCACGCCCCUGAACGAGCAACAUUGAUCCAGAAGGAGAUCUGGCGCUUCGUAUACAUCAUCGUCUUCUGCACUGUCGUACUAGUACUCCUCAUCGCUUUCACAUGGCUUGGAUGGCUGCGACGGGACCAUCCUGGCUUCAUGAGCGUGGUCUCAAUGUUAACCAAUGCCAUGGCUAGUGUUGUCGCAUUUAUCCCCGAGGGUAUGCCUGUCGGAGUUGCGCUGACUCUCAUGAUGGUCGCGCGACGCAUGAAAGCUGUCAACAUUCUGCCUAAAGGCUUGUCGACGGUGGAGACCUUGGGCUGCGUCAACGUUAUUUGUUCCGAUAAGACCGGCACAUUGACUCAGAACAAGAUGCACGUCGAAUCAUCAGCGUUCCUGGAUCGUCCUUUCACAGAUGCUGAUUUCCGCCAUGAGUUGAUGCAGAAAACACCACGACCAGGCUUCCUCGCGGUACACGAAGCCUCAGUACUCUGCAAUGACGCUUCAUUUGAUGCUGCAUCGUUGCAUCUGCCAGUUAGAGAACGCGAAGUACAAGGUAAUGCAACCGAUGCAGCAGUGCUGCGAUUUGCAGCUAAUGGCAGAGAUGAGCAAUCUCUGAAGGCAUCGCACCCGCGAGCCUUCGAGAUCCCAUUCAAUUCCAAGAGCAAGUGGAUGCUCACUCUACACCAUGUGAUGAGGUAUGGCGAGCAGAGCGGCAAGUACAGAAUGUUCGUCAAAGGUGCUCCUGAUGUACUCUUUCCAGCAUGCACUAAGUUUUGGUCCCAUAAUCGCAACAGUAUCUCUCCCCUAGAUGCUGCGGGCCGCUCAGCAUUCAAGGCGUACCAGGACAGGCUUUCGCGCAAUGCCGAGCGGGUAAUCGUCCUCUGUGAGAAGGAGAUAUCCCCCGCCAACAAGCUUGGUACAAACGCAUUUAGCGACGAAGUCGCCCAGAGUGCCAUACAGGAUCUGACCAUCAUCGGUAUCUUAGGCAUCACAGAUCCACCCCGUGCCGAAACCAAGGAUACUGUCGCUGAAGCGCGCAGGGCUGGAGCACGCUUCUUCAUGGUCACUGGUGACUACGGACUGACGGCUGCCGCCAUUGCGAGGAACGUUGGAAUCUUCACCGGAUCUGCUGAGCCCGACACCAUUGAGACCAUUCGAUCUGCUAUGCCCUCUUCGGAAGAAGAAAAACAGCAGAGGCAGCUGCACGAUCAGCAUCGCAGUCUUUUGCUUGAAGGCCCGUCCAUCGGCUCUCUCACUUCUGAGCACUGGGAUGUUGUUUGUGACUACGACGAGAUCGUUUUUGCGCGGACAACCCCCGAGCAAAAGCUUAGAAUUGUGGAAGAACUGCGUGGCCAUGGCAAUUGCGUUGCGGUUACCGGUGAUGGAGUCAAUGAUGCUCCGGCUCUACGGGCUGCCGAUGUUGGAGUUGCAAUCGUCACAGGGAGCGAUGUCGCCAUUGAAGCUGCUGAUUUGGUCUUGCUAGACAAGUUCGAUUCCAUCAUUGAGGCGAUUCGUAUGGGUCGACUAACUUUCCAGAACUUGCAAAAGGUCAUUGCUUAUUUAUUACCUGCUGGUAGUUGGUCGGAAAUCUGGCCUGUACUAGUGAACCUGUUUUUCGGCGUGCCGUUGCCACUGAGCGCGUUCCUCAUGAUCAUCAUCUGCGUAUUUACUGAUUUAUUCCUCGCUUUGUCACUCAUAAUGGAGAAGGAGGAGUUUGAUCUGAUGUCCCUACCGCCUCGCAACCACAAGAAAGACCAUCUGAUCACACUUCGCAUCUACGCCCAAGCGUACAUUUUCACUGGAUUUAUGGAAACCACAAUCGCUCAUGCCAUGUUCUUCCUUUACAUGUGGAAGUACGCCGGCAUGUCUGUCAAGGACCUGUUCUUCGCCUUCGAGGGCUACACCGAGGGCUUUCAUGGGUAUACCCAGGAUGAGCUCACAAACUUCAAUGUCACGGGGCAGUGCGUUUACUUUGUGACACUGGUGAUCUUGCAGUGGGGCAACAUCUUGUCGAUCCGAAACCGCCGGCUGAGCAUUGUUGAGGCGGACCCGGUGACCAAGAAGCGCAGGAACCCGUGGCUGUUACUCAGCAUGCUGAUCAGCCUCGUCAUUGCCAUCUUCGUGACUGAGGUACCAGGCAUCCAGAAGCUCUUUGGCACUGCAUCCGUCCCGCUGGAGUUCUGGUUCAUCCCGAUUCCUCUCGCCUUGGGUAUACUGGUUAUGGAUGAAAUUCGAAAGCUACUCGUUCGCAUCUUCCCUAACGGACCCAUCGCCAAGAUCGCUUGGUAA